AUGGAAAAGAAAUGUAUGCCGCUUUGUAAGGAGUACUUCUACAAUCCCAAAGAUUCACACGUCAAGAAUUCCAGAUGCACUACGAUUCAGCAUCGUUCUGACGACAAUGCUGGGAUAUUCUUCUAUCUUCUAUUCUAUUCUAGGGACGGCAUACUCGGUGUUCAGGAGUUAAUACCGUGCGAGGCGUUUUCCGGUGACGAUUUGGCCGUGCCAGACAUUUGGGAAUCGCUCUAUCGACUCGGCUACGAUAACAGUCUUCAGCUUCAUUACGCAUGUCCGUUCUCGAUCUUGAUCGACUGCGAUAAUGAUGUGAUCACUGAGCCUCAAUUGACUAUCGUUACGAGAACCGAACGGGAUCAAAUCCUUCGUGGACUUUACUAUCAAGGGAAGUCGGACAGUGCGUCUGAUAUCACAGCGCACAUCUACGCGACUGAGUAUUUCGGAAUGAUGAUUGUCAAGAAUGAAAAAAAAGACGAAAAGAAAACCUACCGAAUCGAAAUCGCCGAAGAAAAGAACGUUAAAUGGAAUUUCGUUCACGGUCGCGACGAUAUCGACAUAACAACCUGUGGUGACUGGGUAAGUUGUACAUCAAGGCCAUUUCCGGGGUCAGCUGGCUUCUCGAAAACAGUCCUUGAGACCAAAAGUCGACAGAAUUCUGUGAACAAAGAAGGAAGUUGCCACUGUUGA